AUUGUCUUCAUUGCGGCACCCGUCUUCUUUCUCAUAACGUACGCCAUAGCUGUAGCCUUCAAACAUGUCGAUCCAGCGUUUCCUUACAUCAGUGACACUGGGACAUACCCUCCAGAGAGCUGCGUAUUCGGACAACUACUCAAUAUACUUGCCUUAUUAAUCGGAAUGACGCUGUAUAUUAGAUUUCGGCAGGUCGAUGAAAUGUAUCAGUCUUCAGGAAGAAGACUACUAUUAGUCUUUAACAAAUUUGCAUUUGGAAUUGGACUUCUAGCAGCGGCAGGAGUUAGCAUUGUCGCAAACUUUCAAGAAUCUAAUGUUCUCGUGGGACAUGUUGUCGGUGCUGUCCUAGCAUUUGCUCUUGGAACUCUGGGAUAUGGAUGGACUCAAACGAUAAUAUCUUAUCGAACACGCCUGCCUGGAUCUACACACGUCCUCUGUCAUUUUCGUUUGACGUUAUGUAUAUUUGGUACAGUUCUUUUCUUAGUCGGAAUUACAGCAUCUCACUUAUCUUUCAAGAAGAAAAAAUUCAUUACUUCAGCCAAGCAUUGGAAACCCACAGACGAGGGAUUUGCUGAACAUCUCGUUGCAACUAUAUCUGAGUGGCUGUUAGCCAUACUGAAUGUGGCUUACUUGUUAACUUUCCUGCCUGAAUUUAAACUCUUCUCAAUGGAUCCGCCACAAUUAAAUUUUCACACCACUGAGGCUAUCGGUGCAACCUCUGACGAAGUUGCUUUGGAGAUUUCCAGGGACACAUCUAACCAAACAGCUUUAACUAAAAUCGACGGUCUCAGUAACAUUAAAGAAGUUGAUUACACUCAUGCGUAGUCAAUGGCUAAAUUAUUUUGAUUGAUAUUGGAAAUCGAUACAUCAUACUAAAAGUACACUAAAACAUCUGUUAACUACCAAGUCGAAAUCAUUGUUAUUAAUCGCGUCUGAGCAGGAUAACGUUAAUUAACCACUGUAGCUAUUUGUUUUGCUCAAAGUGGAGAAAUUAUCGUGUUUUUCUUUUUGUUUUUGUUUUUGUUUUACUCAUCAUGAAUUGCGAACUGCCGAGUAAACUUGCUGGAUGAUGUUAAUCUAACACAUCUCCAUAACAAACUGUACAAAACUGUUAAACUAACCAAUUCAACAGAAAAUAUGGUUACUGAAUAAAUGUAGGGAACGAGUGAAUGAAAUCGAAAAGUAAAACGUUAUUUUACGGACAAUAACCAGUUUAAUAUUUUAUACACAGACUAAAACAUUGUCUUCUUUACAGAGAGGUUUAUAUUACAUGUAUGGCUUGUAUUCAUUAAUUAAUGGAUAUUUGUUCUGAUUUG